GACGAUAGGAGAAUCGCAACGCGUGGGUAGGCUAGGGCGAGUGCAGUGUGCAGUGCGUGCGGAUCGUGUAUCGCUGAAAGCUCGCGCUGCGAAGCCUCCGAGUACGGCGGCAUCGCGCGAGCGCCCGCUUCGCGUCAGUGCCGGCCCGGCCGUGCCAUAGGCAUCACGUUUCGCUAAUAUCACUAACUGUUUGCUGCUGGACAGUGACACACACUUACACAACGACUACGAAUUAUUUUAACGAUAUACUACCACGGAAGUGGACGCGAACUUAUUGCUGAAAAGUGAGAGGGACGGCAAAUGGAUCAGAGGCGCGCGGCGGCGGCGCUUCUAGCGCUGGCCGCGUGCUUUGCGUGCUCAACAGCAGCACCAACGUCCAAUAACCAGACUGCCCUAGAUCUUUAUGAUGCUCCAGUUGAAGGUUGCUACUACAACUUCCAGCACUAUAGUGAAGGCGAUCGCAUAAUGACGAACGAACCAUGUUUGAACUGCACGUGCCACAAUAGAAUGUUGAUGUGUUACUUAAGAGUUUGUCCAUUUACCAAACCAAUUGGACAAGACUGUACGGUAGAGAAAAGAGCAGAUCAAUGUUGUCCUAUUGUCACAUGUCCUGAUGUUCCAGUUGAUCUCCUAACUUCAACGUCAACAUCAUCACCUGCUGAAUACGGUGCGACUGGACUAGGAAAAUUGGACAGAUUUGGUUGUAGCAUCAACGGCAAAUAUUUCCCCGAAGGUUCCAAAGUUCCCCCGGCACCUAACAAACCUUGCGAACACUGUUAUUGUAUUCGUAACAUGACAACCUGUGUUAUGCAAGAAUGUACGCUACACGUUGAUGGCUGCACUCCAAUAUAUCACAAAGAUGUCUGUUGCCCUAUUCGGUACUCAUGUGAUCACUCUGAGGAUGAAAUUCCACUUUUAGAUGACAUGACAACGACUGUAAGGCCGACGCCUGGAUUUUUACUAACAACUACAACAAUGAUGCCUGUUACUCAACCCACACAAGAUUGUGUUCAUGAUGAUCAAAUUUUCCCUGAUGGUGCUUUAAUUAAGACUGAAAAAGCAUGCGAGCACUGUUACUGUAUGAAAGGAGAUAUAGUGUGUGUAGUACAAGAAUGUGGAACGCCUAUGGAAAAUGAAGGCAAGAACUGCACAUCUCUUCCACCCAGGCAGGGUCAAUGUUGUCCAGAUACUUACAUUUGUGAAGGCGAUGAAACACAAACUACUUCACCUUAUGAAGAAAUUACUACUUUGUCGCCACCUAGAAGGGUUGGAGUCGAAGGAAGUGGAUACAGAAAUGAACCAGAUGAACCUUAUACUGAAGUGCCAUCAAUUGAUAGUGAAAUCGAAGGUAGUGGCGAAGAUCAACCAAUGACAACCGUGGAAGGCUCCGAAUUUUUGACUUCUUCUAAAUAUACACCAGAAUCAACAACUGAAUACGUAUACCAAUAUAGUACGGAACCAGACAAAGGACUUAAUACAGUUCCAGAUGUAGAGCAAGGUAGCAAAGAGAGUACCACUGUCCCACUGGCUACUGUAGAGCCUGAAAGAUUUACACUAAUUGAUCAUAAGUCGACUUCAACGCCCGAAUAUACUACUGUAAAGGAAUCAACAACUAACAGUCAAGAUGAAACCACUUAUUCAGGUGAAACCUCAACUUCUAAUGAAUUAGCUAAAUCUACUAUUGCAGAGGUAACAACUAAAUCAAAUGUAGCUGUAAGUACUUCUGAUAAUAUGACACCAUUUGAUGAAGGAUUUAUUUUGGCAACAAAAUUACCCGAAAAAUCUGAUGGUACGGAUUCUAAUUUCGAAGAGGAAUAUACAACUAUUAAACCAUUAGACAUUGAAGAACCUUCAUUAGAUAAUACCAAUGAACAAACAACAGUUAAAAAUAUCCUAUCUCAUGAUGAUAGUACUGUUACAACAGAGAAAAUGAGUGAAACUGGAACUACGUCGAUCGAUAUUCAGGAAAAUGAAAUAUCUGAGGAUCUAACUCCUGGAAGAAUACCGGGAGAAGGUGAUUGUCUACUUAAUAGUAUUACCUACCAAAAUAACUCUAUUGUUCCAAGCACAAGUAAAUGCCACUCAAGUUGUAAAUGUGUAAGUAGCAUAGUUAAAUGUGAACCAAUAAUUUGUACUCCACCACUGGAAUAUAUGGAGAAUAUGAAUGAUUGCCAUCCUGUUUAUGAUUCUCCAGAAUCUUGUUGCCCAACUUAUGUUUGUAACACAAAAGAAACUAUAGCGCCUGAAUCUCAUAGUCAAAUGUCGGGAACAGAGUCACCAAAGCCAACAAUUGAAUGUGCCGGUGAUGAAUGUAAGAUUGUUCAAGAAAGUAAACCAACAGAAGGUCACAUAGAUAAGAUUGACUGUGGUGAAACCGGUUGCCCGGAAACGGCAGUAACACAAAAAGAUUUAGAAGGAUGUAUUAAUGGUAAGUGUGACUACGAUAGUCCUCAACAUCCCAUAGCUGAAACUAAACCAUGUGAUUCUGAUAGUGGCUGUCAAGCUCCAGUAAUCAAACCAUGCGAUACCGACAAUUGUGAGACAAAAUUAGAAUCGCCUAUCCAUGAUGGAAAAGAAGAUAAACCGAUGGAUACCAUUCAACCUAAUGACGAGGAUCAAGAAAUUCUAUGUAAAGAAGAAAAUUGCCGCCGAAAAGAACAUAGUGACAUUGGUCAAGAUAUACCUUGCAAAGGUGAAAAUUGUUUACCAGAAGAUAUGACUGUUCCAACCAUUGGAAAUGACAUUACUACUCAGAAAAUAGAAACAGAUAAAUCAAUAACCAAGGCAAUUGAAUAUGUAACUCAACAUCCCGAAGAAAUAACUAUACCAGAAAGUGACAGUACUAUGAAAUUAGACCCCUCACAAACUGGAGAAAUUUAUCCAGAAUCAACAUCCACUGCUGGAAUCUAUUCGGAAAAAGAAACUACACCCUCUGAUGUAACAGAACAAAACUAUGAAAGUUCUCAUCAGGGAGAGACGAUUACCCCAUCUCUGCCAAUAUCUGAUAUAUCUACUGAACGUUUUGAGCCAACCAUAUCUCAGCAGGAGGAUAAGACUACUGAAACUACAGUGAUAGACGAUCAUAAAAUAAAUGUACCAAGCCAUGAAGAUGAUCUUAUUGAUGAUCAUAAUGCGGUAGUAACAGAAAGUUAUGAGAUUGAAAAACAAACUACUGCACAGGUAACCGAAAAGGAGUCCGUGCAGCAUACAACGAUAUCCGAUGAAUCAUCUACGAUUAGCGAAGCGGUAAAAGUAACGUUUAAUAAGGAAGAAGCAUCAGAAUUUACAAAAGAUUUUACAACAGAAUCUUUAAUCGCCCCAGAGACAACUGAGGACGAUACAACUACGAUAAGACCAACUGAAGAGUCUGAAAUGUUGGACCAUUCUCAAGUAACAAAAAUUUUCGAUCAUGUAACUCCUUCCAUCUUGGAUGAUAAAACAACUAUUGAAGUUAUGCUCGAAGAAAAAACAUCUACAUCUGCACCUAAAUUAAUCACUACAAAUCCAGAAGAAACAAUUACCCAGAAUGUAAAUAUUGCCACUGAGAAGGAAACUGCUUAUGAGACUCAAACAGACAAAUCACAUGAUGAAGCUUUCCAUGAAGUGACGGAACGCGUAGAAACCACAUCUAUGACAUAUACAGAUAGUGAAUCAGGAUCAAGAGUUACCUUCUCUGAUACAACAAGUUACAUCACUCAAGCUCAAAAUAUAGAUGACAAAGAAUCUCCACAAGUACUUGAAACGUCCACUAUUCUGACAGAUAUGCCCAAAGAAGAUGAAAAACAUGAAUAUUCAAGUAUUACUGAAGACUCGACAUCAAUAACAGAUAAAACGUUUGAAUCCUCUACAUCAGCUCAUGAAAAUAAAGAUAUGGAAAAUGUAGAUGUAUAUGAAAAAAUUACAACUGUUCACGAACCUUUCAUUACACCAGACGGAAAAGACUUUGAAAACCAAAAAGAACACGAAACAGUAUCUACUAUCAGUACUGAACUUCCAGAACAAUUUACUCAAGAAGAUAUAAAGACCACUCCUUCUAUUCAAGAUGAUACAAAUCAAUAUUCAGAUACAAAAACAACCAAAGAAGAAGAAAUAAAAACAACUCCAUCAAAUCAAUAUGAUAAGGAACAGGAAUCAAAUUCAUAUGACUUAUCAAAGGACACGGAUACGGUUAAUCAAGUACCAGAAGCACACUCAGUAGAACCUACUUACUUGAGCACUGACUCCACCUUGGAUAUUUCACCCAAAGAAACCGGAACAUCAGAGAAUAUGGACACAGUAACUAAACUAUCAAUAUUAGAUCAAGAUUCAUCAGAAAAAACAAAUGAUGACUUAGAUCAACACACGACAUUAAGUACAAUCCAAUCUUCGACGAAAGUAGAAAAAAUCGAUACAUUUACUGAGUUACCAGAAGAUAUUGUAACAAAUGAGAUUGAUAUUUCUAAUGAAGCUACAACUGAAGGACUUAUUACAGACAGUAAAAACGAACAAACCGAAGUUCCUGUAAAUGCAGAAGAAACAACUAAAGCAUCCGAAAGUACUAGCUCUGUAGACACUGUAUUCAAACCGAGUGGUGGAACUCAUCACGAUGAAAGUGACACAGAAUCAACUGUAGCAUAUAAUGAUUAUGAGCCUACCAAGGAAGUGGUGAUUUCUGAAAUACCAGUAGUUUUAGAACAAAGUACUCCUUCAGUAGAUAACAAAGCCAAUGUCGAGGAUACCAUAGUAACCUCAACUGUUAUUCCCGAAGAUGAAUUGAAAACAGAAUUCAUUAUGACUGAUACUUCAGGCAUGUCUACAGAAGGUGGAAUCAAAAUCGAGACAGCUGUGUCAUCAGAAAAACCUAAAUUAGAAUAUACAUUAGCCGAGGAAGUAACAGAAUCUAUCACGAACAUGCCUGUAACAGAUCUUCCUUAUACCACUAUUGGAAGUCAUAAGCCUGUUAGCACUGAUUUAGAUUUAUCUCAAGAAAUGUAUCCUAGCACCACUACGAAAAAUAAUGAAAUUUCUGAAACGACAGAGCAAGUCGAUCAUUCCAUCACCGAAGAAAUCGUUUCUGAAAAAAUACCAGAUACACCUGAGCUAGAUGAUGCUGAAAAGGUAACUGUCAUUACUGGUGAAUUAAAUCCGACGACCUCGGUGUACAAGGAUAGUGAAAACGAAAAAACGGUAUCUAACGAAGUCGAAUAUUCAGUAACAACUGAAAGUCAUGAUUUACGUUAUACAUCAGAAACAAUAUCAUCGACAACGUCCAGUAUAGAUGAAGCUGUAACAGAUCAAAAAAUAGAAGUGAUUACUGACAUUACCCAUGGAAAGGACAAAGAAACAGAAGCACCAAUGUCACUUGUUACCGAUUCACAAAGUACAUCCACAUUGCAUGAAACUGUAACUGAAAGUGUUCAAAAAGUAACAGUUAUAGAAUCAAAUGUAGAUGAGCAGACAGAACCACAAAUUGAUCAUAAGAAGACUUCCCCGGAUACUACCUUAUUAGAAGAAUCGAUUACUACACAACAAAGUGACAUUGUAGAUAAAGAAAUAUCUCAUCAAACCACAACUGAACAUAAAUAUCCUGCACCAUCGACUGAGUCUGCAGGCAUUAUUACAACGGAGAUUGAACUUAGUACUGCUAAAUUAAUUACAACAACUCCUCAAAUUCCCACAGAAACUCCAUUAUUGAUGAAUACUGAACAAGAAUUAGAAAAAGAAACUGUGGAAAUGACACACGACAUAUCUACAACCACUGAAAAACUAAAACAAGAAUAUGAAACUACACAAAAAAUUCAUGAAAUAUAUGAAACCACAAAAGAAAAUGAAUCGAGUACGGAAUUUGAUAAUGAAAAUGUAGAAAGGGAAGGGGCACCUUCAACUGAACAAUCUAUUCCUAAUAAAUCAGAACAAGAGACACAUGAUACUCCCGUAGAUGAAAGUGCUACUGAGAGUCACGAAAUCAAGGACGUUACUUUUGCGAUAGAUGAAACAACUAAAUAUCCUCAAUAUUUCACAACUCUUACUGCGGAAGAGGUUUCAAAAGAAACUGAAGAAGAAUUACAUCACACAACAGAAUCAUCUCUAGAACUUACUACACAACCUCAAGUAGAUAAGGAGAAAGCAACAAUUACAGUUGAAGCUGCAACAACAAUACAGCCGGAUGUUAUUUAUUCGACAAUGCCUUCAGACAAUGAAUCACCGGGUGUAUCCGAAAUUUCGACAAAAUCACCGGAAAUUAUUUCCGAUUCAACUGGUUCCGUUGAAAGUAUUUCUGAUAGACAAACAACAGUAAUGAAUAAUUUAUCGAAUGAGAAUGUGUUGCCCGAUGACUCCAAAACAGAAAUUUACCAGGAAACACAAACAAAAGAACCUACUGAACCUACUUCUACCUUCGAAGAUGAUAAAGCCACAAUUCCUGAAGAAGAGAUGCAUGUUGAUAAAUCAGACAAGACAGCUACUACAGCAUCAGACCUGCUUGAAAAACAAACGAUCCCAGGCGAAGAAUUUGUGACUAAAGUAUCUGAUGAAAGCACUAUCCUAGAUAAUACAGAAUCUAAACCUUCAUUGGUGGGUACCAUGACAACUAGUGCUGUAAAUAUACUAGACAGUAAAGUAACAGGUUUGGAAACAACAACAGAAACUAAAAAUAAAUUCUCAGAAACUACUCCAUACUUUGUGGAAUUAGAAGAGCACACGCAUCAAAUUAUUGAAGAAACCACUGUUAUUCCUGUAGGUGAAGUUUCUACAGUUGAAACAACAGAUAUAAAGUCUACGGAACGUGGUGAUCAAAUGUUUACUGAAAUACCAUAUGAAACGGAGAAAUCGAGCGAAGAAACGAGUGAAUUAUCAGAAACACAUAGUACUACAUCACCGAUUAUUGAUGAAACCACUGAACAAAAAUACCAGACUACUGCCCCUGGAAGUCAAUUAGAAAUCACUACAAUUUCGGCAAUACAUUCACAAAAGGAGACAACUAGCGAUGAAAAACCUCUCGAUUUAGAUGAAAAAACAACAAUUUCAACCGUCCCAAAUAUAAUGCAGAAUGAAGAACGUGUCACAGUGAUUCCAGAAGAGACAGAGAAGCCAACAUCCUAUUUUGAUUUAAAUAUACCGGUAACAACCGCAAAAUAUCAGGACUUGUCUGACAUUCCCGUUGAAACAAAGAUACCUGAUGAAGAUAGUAGAACAACCAAACACCCAACAUCUGAAAUUGCUUAUGAACGCACGACAGUUACUCCAGUGUUAACUUCUGCCCCAGAUGAUGCUUACAAAUCCACAUCUUCCGUCACAACCAAACCAAUAACCGCAAAACCUAUGUUACCUAGUGACUUGCAACCUACAGAAGAGGUUCCAACACCCGAAUUCCCUCAGACGGGCUACGAUCAAGAACCAGAUUAUGGAGAAGAAGAUCAAGCAUUCGGACCUGGCACAUGCCGUUAUGGUGGAAAAGUUUACGUAUCUGCUCAGCAAAUACCUAGAGACGACCCAUGCGACUUUUGUUUCUGCUUUAGAAGUGACAUCAUUUGCUUACAACAAAGUUGUCCUCCUCCUAUCCAUGGAUGUCAUGAGGAACCAAUUCAAGGCUUCUGCUGUCCUCGCUAUGAAUGUCCCGUAUCCAUGGCGACGACUGUUAAUGUAACCACUACGACUACAACAACCACUACCACUCUCCCUCCACAUUUCCUGCCUCAUGCAUAUAAGGGUACAGCACAAAGAAAAGGCUGCCAUAUUCAAGGACGUACGUACAAAGUUGGAGAAGUAGUCCGAGCGUCUUCAGGGCCUUGCUUACAUUGCACAUGCGGAGGUGACGGUCAAAUGAAAUGUGAUCCAAAAGCAUGUACACCGGAACCAAUGUUGAGACAAAUGAUAGCGGCCGCCGUGUCUGCUCGACGAAGGAGAUGAAAAACUUAAUCUGAAAUAAAUUGCGUUAAUGGUCACGGAGAUUAAACCAUCUUUGUGAUAAUAACAUUUUCAUACAUUCUUUGAUGCACAAGAAUAAUGCUCAAAUUUCGCGAUGGAUUAGUUUAAGAUUUUGUGUCAUAUAUAUACAUAUAUAUUUAUCUUAUUAUUUUAAUUCUUUCUUUCAUGUUAAAGUGGCACACAUGUAAAAAAUGGUGACUGUGAUUAAUGUACUAAAUACCAGACUCGUGUUUAAUGAGCGUUUAAAAGUUAUAUAGAACUUAUAAGUUAUGUUCAAUCAACAAAACUUAGUGCCAAACGAUAAAGCUAGUUUUUAUGAGACUAUGCCAAUUAUUAUGCUUACCUAAUCAAAAUUUUGUAUAUGUCAGCUGUAAGUUAAAUUGACCAAACAGAAACUUGCUCUCUUAAGAGGUGCAGAGGUAUCUCCAAUAAAUGCGUAAUCGCGCAAGGUUUCUGCUUAUAAGGUCAUUUAAGAUCGCCGAAAUCUUGACCAUUUUGAUUGUAAACUAAAUUGAUUUACCGAUAUCACAUUAGUCAAUUCUUUAUUUUUACACGAUGAUGCAGUAGUGAUCUAGUAUCGUGUAAAUAUGAAGUAUCUUUAUUAUAUUUAAGAAAUUCUGAUGUUGUAAAUGCCUUAAUUUGUAAUAAUUUAUAUAUGUUAGGUGUAUAGUACUUAAGCCAUGUUUAAGACCAGUGAUUAUUUUAAUUUAGUAAUACAGGAGCAUAUUUCAAUUGUUUAGAAAAGUAUUGAUCGAUGCUUUUUGUUAACUGCCUCGGCCGAAACUUUUCCUCGUUUCACGUCUUACAGAAAGUGACUUGAUUUAAUACCUUGCUUUCUUUAAUUCGUAAAGGCUCCAGUAUUUACUAGCACUUGUUAAGUAAAAGUGGCCAACAAGUUUUUGAGUACACUUUUGAAUAUACAUCGUUUUGUAAUGUCCUUAGAUUUUGAUACAAAAGUGCUGGUAGACUUUGAAAUAAUUUCGCAGAUAUAGGUGGAUACGAAAGUUGAAAGGCUGUUGAAAUCACUUAAUUCGAAUUAGAAUAGAAAAGUGGUUUCAUUAAUUCGUAUCAACCUUUUUCUGUCAACGUAGGUUGUAGUUAUAUCUUAUUUAUUUAAAGUUAUCGCAAUAGUCGUACAUAUUUGUUUAAAAUAAUACGUGGUUAUCUUACAAAAAGUAAAAAAAAAGUAAUUAAAUUAAAGCAGCAACCUGAAAAAUCAUGUCAAUUAUGUACUUUGUUCUGUUUAAUCACGAUUUACCGAACGUUUAAGCUAGGACUUAGCUACCUUUACAUCUGUGCAAAUGAGUUUUAAAUAAAACAUUCAAAAUCA